AUGACGUGUCCGUUUCGCCGAGCAUCCUCCCAACAUCAGUUUGCAAAUGGCAGUGGAUCCAGUACAAAGAAACCAGAAUUCAGAUCUCGACAGUCCUCGGUACACCUUCCAGGACCUGAAGAGGAAGAUGGCGAGAGAAACACCCUCACACUCAAAAACUUGAGUGAAGCACUCCAACUUCUUACAGCACCUUCGAGUUUAUAUAGAAGCACUCUUAAAGAUUGUGAGUACGCAUAUGUGAGCGCCAUGUUCGAGACGACAAAGGAUUAA